GCUGUACCAUCCCCGGGCCAUUCCUGGAGAUUCGUACUAUGAAAAAGCUAUUGCAGAGAUGUCCCUCAGAUUGCAGCUCUACGGGUACAAGAUCAAGGAACUUGAUUUUGUUGUGCAGAAGCGACAGCAAAAGGCUUUGUUCGUUCGCCCUGAAGAGAUGACAGAUUGCCCUUUAUGGCUGGUUUUUGGUGGAAAUGCCAUGGUUUCAGCCGACUGGCUGCCCUUCUGUGAGGCUGCCGUGUCGAUGAAGGAGGACACGAGUGCCAUGCCAUGCUUCCUGCUGAUCGACUACCCUGGCUUUGGCUUCAACAGCGGAGAGCCAUCUCCUCCAGCCGCCCUGGAGUCUUCCAAGCAAGCAUUGGCACAGCUGCUACGUGAGCUUGGGCGAAAGUCGCCAGAAUCAAUCAACCUGCUUGGACACAGCUUGGGCGCAGCUGCUGCAUCGCAGCUUGCAGCAAGCCUUUCCAGGUCUGAUGAGUGUGCGAGAGCACAACCCGGGCGUUUGCUUCUGUCUUCCCCGUUUCUCAGCGUCGACGAAAUGGCAGCAGUUUUGUUCGGUGGUCUCUUGCCUCGAUGGCUUUUGCGGGCAUUGGUGACCCACAGAUGGAACAAUGCCGCGACUGUGCCUGAUGCAGCCGCUGCUGGCUGGCAGGUUUCGAUAGUUCACCCGCCGGACGAUGAGAUCGUCCCUUUUCAGCACGGGGAGGCAGCAACAACGCAGGGAAGGGCAACCAACACCGAGGGAAGGGCACGAGACUGGCCCUGGAGGGUAGGCGAUGUUGCGGACAGUCGCUUGGGCGAUGCAGGUUUCUACCACAUGAAGAUGAUGAUCGAGGAGGGCGAACUGGACACUGUCGUCAUGAGUGCUGAGAACAUCACGCUGCGACUACGGAGAAGUGCUUUGCCAGAGCUUGCGCGGUCGACUGGGUCAGAAUUACCUGAGGCGCCUCUCGAAUUGGAGGGUGUGCCCUUCCUGGCGAGCAUGGCGAGCCGCUCGCGCCCAGAGUCCCUAGAGCAAGCGGAGCCCAAUGCGAGGCCCAAGGUUCAGUUUUGUCCGACUGUGUCCGUGGAGCCGAUCUCUGCGCGAUCCUCUCGUGUGGUCAGCCUUUCAGCGGCAGCGGCUGAAUGCUUGCUGGCUUCCGGCGAUGUUUCGCAGCACGCACUGACGGAGGAUGGCCAAAUAACAGAUCUAGCAGAAGUGGCUGAAUCUGCAACCUUCCUGGAGAGUGAUGAUCUUAGACAGCAGCUUCAACGAGACAUGGAAGCCUGGAACACCAUCGCUCGACAAAGGUUGAGCGCCUCUCGUGAUGCUCGGAAGCGGUCGGAGAAGGACGUUCAACUCCUGGCGAACAGACUACGGCUUUUAAGGUCUGAGGAAGCCAAAGCUCUCCGCAUUAUUGAGGAGGUGCGACGGCGGACAAGAGAAGUGCUGGAGACAAGAAUGAAUAACGAGAAGAUGCUGCAGUAUCAAGAGACCGCCAAGCAGUGCAGCUUGAAGGAACUGGAGCAGAAAAGACGAGAGAACAGUGGUCGGCGAGCGAGGGCUCGCUCUGCUCGACAGAAGGCAGAGCAGGAGACCACUUGGUUCAAAAAGCGCCAGGCGGAUGAGGUUCGCACCCCCCGCUUGUCAACCAGAUCUCCGAGCUUGGAGUCUUCACCCUCUUUGAGCUCCAUUGGACGCUUCGAGACGGUGGCGCCGAGGGUGCCGCAGGUGGCUGAUGCCCGAAGCACUGCACGUGGAGCCGCACUCCUCACCGAGGAGCGGGAGCUCCUGGUGCGUCUGCGAACAUCAGAGGAAUCCGCGAGGAUUCGACGACCGCCCCUGCCGCCAGUGGCACUGGAAGAUGAAGGCCCGGUACGAUCUGCUUUGAAAGAGGCCAGUUUCACUCCAAGGCGAAAGGUUCCCAACGCAAAGCAGUGCCGCACAGCUCGCACAGCCCAGGUGUUUGUCACGGAUGAUUGCUCUGGACGGGACCAGAAGUUCGAAGACUUGGACAACGAGCUGUCAAAGUAUCGUGAAGGCAGCGGUGUGGCUCCACGUUUGGCAUCUACACAGGCUUUGGGCCCACCUCUGCAGCAGAAAUCUUGA